AGGUGGCGAUGUGGUUUCGUGAAAGUACUUUUCGGCCUCGAUUUGAAAACAAGGGGAAAAAAAGAUGGUCUUCACGAUGGACCAACCUCAGAAAACAUUCACUUGUCAGUUGUGUAAUUUUAGUAGCACGUUCACCUAUUACGGACAGAAACCACCGAACACAAGAGCGAUUGCGCUGCUGGAGGACUGUUUCCUGACCAGGGAUCCUUUCAGUCCGGAUCACGGCAAGUUCCUGGUCCUGGGUUCUCUGUGCAGCCUGUGCGGGACCCCAGUUUGCGUUGGUUCGGACUGCAGUCUUUUCUACACCAAGAGGUUCUGCAUGCAGUGUGUGAACAAGCACUUGGACCAAUUUCCCCGCCAGAUUCAGGCUGAGGUGGCCAAGAAGAGGCAACACUCCAAGGCUGCCGUCUCAUGACAUCAAGCUCUACGUCUUGAUGGAGAAGCAUCGACCUUGGCUCAGGACAACACUGAUAAAAGUUUCACAAAAACAUCAGAAUUAUCCUCGAAGCUGUGGAGCUGUGUGACUGAAAGCGAAUGUUCCGCUGCCUUGUUUGUUUUUUUUUUUCUUUUCUUUUCUUCCCCACACGUGUUUUGUAAUCAGUUGGACUUCAAAGAGUUUUUAUUUGCACACUGUUCUGUGUGAUGCUGCAUAGUUUGCGAUGGCAUAAACACAUUAUGGAUGAAGUGCGAUCCCAAAGAUAACAUGGAGAUGGCAGAUGGCCUCACUGGAUUUAUCACGAGAUGUUGGUUCUUUUCGCUGCUUAAUUGAAACAGCAUGGACUUAAAGGCUGGCUGACAAACGCUCCAGAGGAA